CACUUCACUUCAGGAGCUCAUCACAGCACUGGAAGAUAGCGUCUUUUCUGGGAACUGAGCCCCUGAGGAAGCCCGGUCUAUUUGUCCAGCCAGUGUUCUAAUUUCUUUCCUUUUAAUCGCCCCAGUUUUACAUGCUCUGUCCCGGUUGACAAGCCACCAAGUCUUUCCUCCAAAUAGUUCGCCCUCACCAUGAUCCUUAUCGCCGUCUAACUCCUACCUCGCGAAUAACUAUCCCUUUUUACUCCAUUAUUUUUGACGCACAUGCAGAUAUCUUAUGUCUGUCCCAGGUCCCUCGAAAUAUCCGACUCCCAGUGAACAAGGGAAGACUCGACCAAAAACACCCAAUGAGGGGGAUGAGGCUGAGCGGCAAGUGACGUCGGCUGGCCUCGAAUCAGCAGUGCAGUCACAGGAUGCGACCCCAACCGAGAUGUCAGACCUCCAAAGUGCUCAGUUAAGAGAUAUGAAGGAGGAAUCUCAAUCAAGAUCCGACUCCUUGAGGCAAGCGCCGCCAGAUAUCCCAUCCACCAUGGACCCCGCGGAUACCACAUCGCCCCAGAAGGACGCCACUCUUCCAAAGCAGAUGGGGACGCUUUCACUAUCACUCAACACUACAGAACAGAAAUCUUCGCCGGAUGUAAACGCGGCUCCGCCUACACCUCCGGAAAAGGACGAAGCCUACGUCAACCAACCGAAUAACGAAUGGGCGGAGAAAGAGCUACCAGAGGUCCCAAAUGGUGGCGAUGAGAAACCCGCAAAGGACACUAGCAGAGAUGGAGCUAAAGAUGACGAUUCACAGUCGGAAAUCCAAAGCAUCAUCGACCAAUUUGAGGACGUGACCCGUAACGGCGCUCAAGAUCAGGUCCUGUCGCCUCGCAUGGAACUGGCGGAGCAGUUUCUGGGUGGUGGACAAGGUCAUUUCCCCCCGCGCAAGUCAAGUUUGGAUCAUGGAAAGACCACGGGGGGUAUCCCUCAAAGCCCCAAGCAUGUCACCGGAGCGUCACCUUCUCUUGGGGAGCCGCCCCUUGUGAUUGCCAAUAGUUUUCAUAAAACUGCCGCUCCUGGUGAACUAUCAUUGACCAGGCGUUCAUCUACAUCAACUAUUCCCCCGCCUCCUGAACCCGAGUCCGAUCAGCCGUUCGAUUUCCAUCGUUUCCUAGAACAGCUGCGACACCGUACCGCUGACCCUGUUGCUAAGUUCCUGCGCUCAUUUCUUAAUGAGUUUGGAAAGAGACAGUGGAUGGUCCACGAACAAGUCAAGAUCAUCAAUGACUUUCUAGCUUUCAUCACCAAUAAAAUGGCUAUUUGUGAAAUUUGGCGCGAUGUGUCGGACAGCGAAUUUGAUAACGCUAAAGAAGGUAUGGAGAAGCUUGUAAUGAAUAGACUGUACUCCCAAACAUUUUCGCCUGCUAUACCGGGCCCCCCGUCAAUUCCAAGAAGUGCAAGCAAGAGCAAACGACGAGAAAUUGAAAGGCUACAUGGCCCAUGGCGACGAGGGCAGCAUCAGGAGGACGUCGAGCGGGAUGAAGUACUUGCUCAAAAAAUGCGGAUAUAUAGCUGGGUGAAAGAGGAGCAUCUUGAUAUUGCUCCAGUGAGUUCCUCGGGCCGUCGAUUCCUAAAUCUUGCUCAGCAAGAGCUUCUAAAAAUCAACGGCUAUCGGGCACCUCGUGAUAAAGUCAUUUGUAUUUUAAACUGCUGCAAGGUUAUUUUUGGCCUCUUGAGAAAUGCAAAGAAAUCCGAUACUUCGGCAGACUCGUUUGUACCACUCCUGAUCUACGUGGUACUACAGGCCAGGCCGGAACACCUGGUGUCCAAUAUUCAGUAUAUUCUCCGAUUCCGAAACCAAGAUAAACUUGGGGGAGAAGCAGGUUAUUAUUUAUCGUCCUUGUCUGGCGCUAUUCAAUUUAUUGAAACACUCGACCGAACAAGCUUAACGGUAGGAGAUGAGGAGUUUGAGCGGAAUGUCGAAGCUGCUGUUUCAGCUAUCGCUGAACAGAACCGUGCUUCUGAAUCCCUAGAGUCCAAAAAAUCUUCUGCAGGAGCACCAGGUCCAUCGCGCAAAUCUACUGAUAUACCCCGUAAUCCUGGACGGAGAGACACACCGCAACCAACCGAUGAAGAAAGUGCACCGGUGGCGGGGCUAUUGAGAACUAUUCAGAAGCCGCUUUCUACCAUAGGAAGAAUAUUCUCCGAGGAACCCGACUCACCGCAAGAACGACCCGUGCAACCUGCGCAAACACCCCAGCCUGGAAUGCCAUCUCGGCUCUCUCCGAACGUAUACCAACCCCCUCGUACUAGUGGUGAGGAGCCGCGGCGGUCAGCCGAAAAACCUCGGGCCCGUGUAGGGCAGCGUUCGCCAUCUAGAACGCUUGAUGCUCAAGAUGCCGCUGCCCGCCAAGCUAGUGCUGAGGACGCGGAGGCCAGAAGAAUCCAACGUGCAGAGCACAGCACCGUGGUUGAAACACUUUCAAACAUGUUCCCCAACUUAGAUCGGGAUGUGAUCGAUGAUGUGGUUAAGAUGAAAGAGGGAAGGGUUGGAUUGGCAGUAGACGCGUGUCUUGCGCUUAGCGGGGGGGAGUAAACAUGGACUCACCAUACUAGCUAUAAAGCUGAAUUCGCACCGCAUUUCCGAGGGUUUUUCUCCGGGCCAGCAGUGGCAUUCGAUUGUAACUUCUGGAUCUUGGAUGAGGGUUAUUCAUACAAAAUUUCAUAAUAAUAGCUAGUACUCCUGUUGGGGGACCAGGAGUGAAUUUAAUGCUAGAUCAAUACCAUCUUCCUAGGGGUUUAAACUACUUGAAAAUAAUCACUUUAAC